GCGAGAGGAACCCUGGCUUGUGUGUAGGUGUUCUGCCUAAAGGAUCUUCAGUCUGGCUUGAGCUGUGGCCGCGCUAACACCUCCGAAAAGAACAGGCCUCUGUCGCAUUUAUUUUUUUUUUUAGAAAUAAUAAUAAUAAACGAUUAACACUUUUCGGCGGCUGCGACCUUCCUUCCUUCCCCCCUUUUUGAAAACUGAUUUUAACGGGCCCUUUUGACGAAAACGUAGUGGCAUCCUCCUCGACAGGCACGCAAAAGCAAGCAACCAACGGCGCCUUCGACGACGACCCAACCCAACGGAGGGGAUGAGCUCGGUGGCGGCGCCCCACGGGGCCACCACCGCCCUUCUAGACCUCGAUGCCAUCACUGAUGAAGAAAGACUGAGGUCUAUGUGGCAGACGGCGGAGGACUUCGGUGACCGCAGGCGCAUCAGGGCAAGGAUGUACAGACUGCGAGAGCAGCGGCUGAGGGAGAUGAUGCAGAACGACGAGGAGAGCCUUGGCACCCUCAACAUCGCUGAGGAUGACCCAAACUCUUUCCAGUCGACGGAGACGACCAUCACCGUUAGCGACGAUGGCAAGACAACCACGCGACGUUCCUCCAACAUACAGGUCACAAUGCACAUGGAUGGUGACAAAGCUGUAACCGACUCGAUCUCGACACAAAACGUACGAUUAGGCGGCCUUACGAUGCGAGGCAUCGACGCUGACGACAUUAUCCAAGACCGCAUCCAGAAAGCCAGCAAAGACCGCACAGCUCGGUACCAGAUCAUCAAAGACCUUUCCGAUAACGACGGCCACAGCGACGGGGAUGCCGUUGUGUCCAUCACCAAGUCGACCUAUUCCAUACAGUCCAAUGCUCUUGCAGGCGAAGGUUACAUCUCCAUGAAAAACAAAGAGGUCAGAGACUCCGUGUCACCCACUCGCAUCAUGAGGGAGAGGAGGUCCUCUGCCGAAGAAGAUGCCUCGGCGAACGAAGGUCGCCUGACCUCCGAUGAUGAAGCUGCUCUUAAGACUGAAAGUGAGAACGUCAUCAAAGCCCUUGAAACUUCGGUGCCAAAGACGACUUCAUCAUCCCGCAAGACUUCGAGAGAAGAAAGGACAUCCACAACCAGGACCUCGACGAAGACCAGGCAGUCAGAAAUCCCAGUCCGUAAAGAAUCGACACGUAAGAUCUCCGAAAGAAAAACGUCAAGGGAAUUAGAUUUAAGUUCAGCAAAACGCGCGACUACAGACAAAUCAUCACCGACUUCACCCACAAAACGUACGCCAGGGGAAACGACAACUAGAACUUCGCUUAAAACAGGGUCACAGAGGGAGGCAACAACAACCGGUUCAAAGACCACUUCUAAAACCAACACCAGAACUACAUCUUCUACUAGGAAGGACAAACUUGCAGAGAUUGAGGCCAAGAUGGAGACCUCAAUUAUGUCUGAACUGGAUAAGCUUGAUUCUUACUUGAAUGCCAGUGUUGAUGACGACGAUGAGGUCAUCAUGGAGGAGGAGGAGGACUGUGUGGAUGAGUCUGGUAAUGUUGUGAAAAUGUUGGUGCAAACCCGUCGCAAGAAGGACGGCACAGAAUGCACAGCCAGGAGGGUGGCUCGUUCCACCAAGAUCGUCAACAGUGAGAGCGAAAUUGACGAAAUACUUAUUGGUAAUCCAGAGCACGAGGUCAUUGAGCGAAAUGUUGCAGAGGAAGUAGAUAAGGAGGGCAACAAGAUCAAAAUUAUCACUGAAACACGACAGAGGCCAGAUGGCAUUGUUUACACCACGAAGAACAUACUGAAGACCUCAAAGAUCUUUGAUUAUGAUCACCCUGAAGAUAUUGCAUACAGUGAAGAAGAUGAACUCAUCUCCACAGAUCAGACUGAGGAAACUGAUGAGAACGGUUGCAAAAUUCAGACUGUGACUGAGACCAGACGCAAAGCAAACGGAGUCGAGUACACAACGAAGAAAGUGUAUAAGACUUCCAAAGUGAAAAGUACACAGUUAACACCUUCUGAUGACGAUGAGAUCAUAGACACGAAAGAAACGGAGGAGAAGAAAGAAGAUGGCACCAUCAUCCGUACAGUCAUUGAAACUCGUAGAACGAAGAAUGGCGAAGAGUACACCCACAGGCAGGUACUCAAGUCCCGCAGAAUGACUCUUUCUGGAGUUGAUGUGCAGAAGGGUCUCCCUACUAUGCAGAAUGAUGACGAAAUUCUUGACAAGAAGGAAAAAGAGGAGAUUGAUGAAAAUGGAAUGAAAAUCAGAAUUGUUACUGAAACACGGAAAAGGCAGGAUGGAUCAACUUAUUCAUUUGAUUAUGUCCUACGCAGCUUCCAAGGAACAGAGGAGGAAAUGAAGAAUAUGCCAAUCACUGCUUCUUCUGGUAACAUUGCUGUAAGUGCUGAAGAUGAACUAUUAAAUGAAGAAGUAAAAGAGGAAGUACAAGAGGAUGGGUCAACAGUCAAGACAAUAAUCGAACGCAGAAAGGCAAAGGAUGGCACAGAGUACCUCCGUCAUCGUGUGAUGAGAAUCCCAAAAAUGCCUGAACCUGUAUUUACAGUUGCAAAUCUAGAAGAUGAAGUACUGCAAGAGGAAGUGAAUGAAGAAACACUGGAUGAUGGCACUCAGUUUAAGGCAGUGACAGAAAGACGACGCAGUAGUGUCUCGGGUGUCCAGUAUACAUUGCGUAGGAUGUCAAGGGUAUACCAACAACCAGCAAUCCACCCCAAAGCAAAUGAGGAUGAAAUUUUGGAUGAAAAUGUUGCAGAAGAAGAAACUGAUGAUGGAACCAUAAUCAAGACGAUAAUUCAACGCUACCAGAGACCAGAUGGUUCAGUUUAUAGUACUCAUAACAUACAUAAAAUGUUCAGUUCCCCUGCACCUGUCACAUUUGUUGGAACUGAGGAUGACGAGCUAGUUGAUCAGACUGUUGAUGAACAAGAGACUGAAGAUGGUUGUAUUAUCAAAACAGUCACAGAGACUCGCCGAAGAGCUGACGGAGUCCAGUACACAGUUGAGCGUGCUGAAAAAUCCACCAAGUUUGGACCUCAGGUUCAUGUGACUUUCAAUGCCAGCCAGCCACGAAAGCCUGAAGAUGUAGUGCAGGUUGGCAGCCCUGAAGACACAGUUGUGAGUUCUGAAGAGCAAGAAUACCAAGAGGAAGAUGGAACAACUGUCAAGACUACCAUCGAAGUCAGACGCCGGGUAGAUGGCACAGAGUAUACAGCUAAGACUGUGUUAAGAUCUACCGCCGUACUAGUCCCUGAACGAGAAACAAGCUAUGUUGUCAUUAAACCUGAGGGAGGCGAUGAAGAGGAUGAAUCUGGUUUAUUCCCAUCCCUGGAUGAUGAGAUCGUGUACACAAGGAAACGAGAAGAUAAAGAUGCUUAUGGUAAUCCAAUUACUGUUGUCAUUGAGACUCGCCAGACCAAGUCUGGUGAGAAAUACAAUAUCACUAAGCGAGUUCAUACUAAAGAUGUUCUCUUGACAGAGGAAGGGGAGAAAGAAAUCCCAAGAAAAACAAUGAAGUCAACACUUGUUGCAAAUCUUAAAACUAGAUCUACCCCAGAUCAAAAGAAGCCUUCCCCAUCAGAAACAACAGAAGACACCAAAGACGAUGUUCCUUACGGAUCUGUAUCCGCACUGAAGAAUCGCUUUGCACCAGUGAACAAGAAACCUGAUUCAUCUCCAACCCCUAAGUACACCAAACCAGAUCGCCUGAAUACAUCAAACAAAAAGAAAUUCUUUGAAGAGGCAGCCAAAGAAGCUUCUGGAAAGGUAACUACCAGUAAAUCUUUCACUCCAAAGCCACUCAAGAUUAAAAAGGAUAUCGAAGAAGACAGAGCAGAUAAAAUUUCAUAUACUUCUAAGGAUAAGGCAUCUAUUGAGGUUAAACUUCGUGUUGAAGACGAAAAAGUUAAAGUGGAAGAUGUCGAAGCCCGCAAUGUUACUUAUACUGAUUCUAAAACACCAGGAGAUACGGUAAAAGAAAGAGACCUUGAGGGACAGCAAGAGCCAGAAGAUUUGGAAAACUUCGAAAACGAACCAGAACCAGAACCAGAAACUGUGGAUGAACCAAAAGAAGAAAGUAGUGAACCUGAACCAGAUGUAGGAGAUUCUUCUCCAGCCGAAGAGGAGCCACAAGAAAUAAAGCCCAAAAAGGUUGAAAAAACUAAGAAACCAUCGUCAGUGUCAAAGAAGGUGGAAGAAAAACCAAGAAGGCGGCAAGAUUUAAGCCCUAAAAAGAAGCCAGAGCCCACUGGUUCACCUACUAGGCGUACUCCAUCCAGCAGGGAGCCCAUUGCACCAAAAGAAUCACCAAGACGUGCUCCAAAACCCAUCAACACAUCUCCGCAAAGAGUUCCUAGCUCACCAAGACGUGGUCGAUCUCCAAAUAGGUCUGGAGUAUCCACACCAAGAGAGGUUACACCCACUGGUCGCCAGUGUUGCAAGAGACACAGGGAAGCAAAUGCAAAUGCUAAUGCCAGUGCUCCAGAAAGUGUAAGCCCAACUAGAACUCAGAAGUCUCCUAGAUCAACAGUUCCUACUAGUAAGAAACCAGGUUCACCUGAGGGCAAACCUAGAAUGAAUGGUGACAUUAAGCGUAGCCCUGAGCCCAAAAUGAAUGGCGAUGUCAGCAGGAAGCCUGAUGAUAGGACUUCCAGAACAAGAAGGCCAUUGGAUAGGACAAACGAACCAGAGAAGACUACAACUCGCCCAUCAAGGCUCAAUCAGUCGCCAAGAAAAUCUCCAACAUCAAAGUCGCCAGAAAAGCGAGAGCCCACCCGGCCUCUGUCCACAAGAGGUAGUGAUAGGAAAGCUCCAAGCAAAUCUGUUGACUCAGAACCAAAAGGAAAACCAAAAUCAUCAUCGCUUAACAUACCAGAACCAGCUGAUCCUUUAGUGUCACUUCCAGAGACACCAAUGACUGAAGGAAUGAAGCCUCUUCCAGUAGAUGAUGAUGAUGAUGACCUUGUCAUUGAGGAUGUUUCGAAUGAGCCUGAUCUACCUUAUCAUAAAAUUCAUCGUCCAUCCCUGGUCCGUGAACCCUCAGAGUACCCAGAUGUGGAUGGUGAAGGUGAGCAGCCUGAUGAUGCCUUUGUUGAAGAGUCACCCGAUGAGCGUGAGGAGAAGGAACCCGUAAAGGAGGACCUUGUAAAGUCAAGAAAGCCAAAGCCCUUGGAAAGCCGACCAAGUGACAAGUCCCUGACUUCAAAGAAACAGCCAGAAACCAAGCGACCUGUAAGGGACAGACCUUGGCUGACUGAGAAAAGAAACUCUUUCGAAAAGAAACCAAGUGAAACGAAGUUGUCAGCAGAUAAGAAGAAGCUUUUUGAAAGAAAGCCUAGUGAUGAUAAACUGAAAAAGCCAAAAGAAGAAAAGAAACCAACCAAGAAAACCCAUCCAGAGGAUUCUUCUCCAAGCGAGGAUGAAGGCAAGGAAAAUGGAGUGCCAGAAACAGAGGAUGCUCCUUCACAAGAAAUUCCUGGCAGCAAUGAGGACAUCAGCAAGAAAUCUGAGGAAAUAUCAUCUAGAUUGCUGGAAGACAUAGAGAAAUCUAUUGAAUCAGAGAUCAUCACCGAGAAGAAUGUAUCAACAACUGAAGUGUCUGCCAAAAGAUCAAUGUUUAAUCGUCCCUCCCUUGAUAAGAAGAAGGACACCCCUACAAGGAAGCCAUCGUACGAAAUAAAGGAAUCUGUCUUCGCCAAGCGGUCUAUGUUUGAACAGCCAAAACAGGAUCCAGUGCCAUCCCCAUUGCGAAGGCCAACACUCAAAACAACAAGGAAGGAUGACUCGUACAAGAAACCAGAGGAGCCUAAGCAGCCAGUGAAAGAACCUGUGAUUGUUCCAAAGUACAUUCGCCCACUUGGGGAAGAUGGAGAUGAACCAGAAAAGAAGGUGGUAGAGGAGGAAGUGAAAUUAUCUUCAAGUAAACUAGUAAUGAAUGCCUCUGCAGAGAUCACCAAGACCACCAAGAAGAGUGACCUCCAAAAACCUGUAGAUGAUGACGAUGAUGCCGACCAGGUUACCCCUCUGAAGAAAGAACGUUCGCCCUCACCUUUCUCUAAAGAGAGCUCUCCUGCUCCCCGAAGCAAAGAAGGAUCUCCAUCUCCAUUUAAGAAAGAAGGAUCACCCACCAGAUUUGCCACAGGAAGGCCAGUGGACAGCGGAAUCAAUGCUGACAAAAUUCGGCGAAUAGAGCGCACAGCUAGUAAUAAGAAGCUAUUCGAGGACUUAGAAGUAUCACGCGAAACACUUCCAGAAUACAUUAAAAACAUUGACAAUAUUUUGGAUGUUGUUGUUCUUGAGAGCAUGCUAGAACAAGCCCAGACAUACGAAGAGCGACGCCUUAUUCGAGGUCAGAUCAGGAUCGCCAAGAAGCAGAGCACCACCACCACCACCACAACCACAACCACAUCACACAAGCGUGUUGUAGACUCGACACCAUCUCGUCCUGGCACAACAGCAUCCCCCCAGCCAACCAGACGAGAGGAUCCUAAGCCGCACAGGGAUGCAAAGCCAAGAGACUCCAAUCUCACAGAGACAUCAAACAAACCCUUGUCCAAAUAUGAGGAUUCGGAACUUUCUCCGAGGGACGACUCCCUCCUGCCUGAUGAAGAACCUGUGUCCCCAAGGCGCAAAGUCUCUGAGGAAUCUGUGUCCCCAAGGCGCAAAGUCUCUGAGGAACCUGUGUCCCCAAGGCGUAAAGUAUCUGCUGCAGAAGAAGAGCCUGCGCCAGAAGCCAUUCGCGAGACGAGAGAGCCUUCGAGGUUCGGCCGAAGAACCUUCAGGGACCCGAGUCCCGAGCCGAGAGACGUCCAGGAUUCCCCGAGGUCGAGACGGAGCGGCGACGACGACGAAGUCAGCUCCCCGAGAGAACCCUCGAGGUUCGGCCGGAGAACCUUCAGGGACCCGAGUCCCGAGCCGAGAGACGUCCAGGAUUCCCCAAGGUCGAGACGGAGCGGCGACGACGACGAAGUCAGCUCCCCGAGAGAGCAGCCCAAGAAGAAGGAGGUCAAACCAGAGGAGCCGAGGAAGUACGAAUCUCCCUCGAAGACGAGGGAGACUCCGAGGACCAGCAGGUUCCAGCCAGUGACUUCGAAAGCAGCUCCCUCCAACGAGCCCUAUUCCGAACCGCUGAGGUACCAGAAGAAACAAGGUGGAAGCACCCCUUCGAAGCCAGCCACGGCCCAGUCCGACGUCGACAAAAUAGUCAGCGCCUACGGCGUUGGUCCCACCGACGACAACGGCAUGCCCCUCUUCGGACUGCGAGCCCUGAAGAAGAGGUCUCCAGCAGCAGCAGCGCCGGCUGAAAGCACUCCCAAAGAGGACGACAAGCCAGCGCCCUCUGUUACGGAGACACCGGAACAAGGCGCCGAUCAACCCUACGAGCCGCCCACAGAUGCAUCAGGACUGCCAAUCUUUGGUCUGAGAGCUCUGAAAAAGGCUACCUCUUCUGUAACCGCUACAGAAAAGGCAAUUGAACGAUCAGAAGUUCAAGAGACACGAGAGACUGCUUCCUCCUCUGUUGUCGAGAGUAGCCGCUUAGUAUCUGGCAUAGUAACUCAGAGACAGACACAUGCUAAGGAGACCUCUCCGGGUCUAGUCAGGAGCCUAAGAGACUCUUUUAGGAGAAGGGAGACAUCCGAAGACUUACAACAACAGACACCUACAGGCAAGGCUGAAGAUGAGGUCAUCAUUCAGAGAUCACAGCCACUAAGAGACAUUUUAAAGCUGCAUGAAGCUAAAGUACAAGAACCAGCCACAGUCGAGGAGUCCCCACGUCUCAAGCCUAAACAGAGACUACGGGAGAACUUCGAAGUACCUGAGAGACAAGAUAGCCGCGUACACAAGACCUGGGACCUGGAGAGCGACUUGAGCACAAGGUCCCUAGACAUGAAGAACAUCAUCGCCCGCCACGAGACCAUCACCUCGGAGGCCUCGCCCAAGCCUGAGAAGAAGUUGACCGGGAUUCUCAAGAAGACCUCGAGUACAAAUCUCCUAGGCGCUGACAAAACUUCUUCCAUUUCCUCCACAACUGAGAGAAGUUCUCAUGAAACCACCACAAAAUCAUCCAUAACUGAGCAAGUUAACACCACCGAUGACAUCCUCGAGACACUGACUGAAGACCAGAUCACUCAGCUCUCCAAGGAGUUUGACCUUCGUGCCCAAGACGAUGGGGUCAUCAAGACUGAGGAGUCGAUGGAGGAAUUGACUGGUGGUUACCGCGUCUCCUCCAGGACCACCAGUGAAUAUCCUGAUGGUGCUAAAUUUGAGAGGAAAACUUCCUACACAGAGAUCAAGCUUCAGCAGCCUAACAGGGAAGAACGCUCUCGAGUAGUAACGUCCUCCUCCACCGCCACCGUCGACCACUCCUCCGGCGCCACCUUCAGCUCGAGGGACUCCCACCACAGCAGCGGCAGACGCAUAUCCUUCGAGGAGGAAGUCGUUGGAGGCGCCCCAGAGAUGAGGGAGGGCAGGAGCUUCUUGGAGGAUCGCUCCAAGGUGACCGGUUUCAGCGAUGUCUUGUCACGCAUGGGCGCUACAGAAGCAGUUGACCACGAAGCGAAGGUGACCUCGGAUGAUCAAGCCCGUUCGUUGCUGAACAAGUUUUUGGGAGCUCAAGUCCUUAUGACCGGCGUUGAAUCCAUGAUGGCCUCCUCCUCCAUCUCGGAGUCAUCCAGGACUGUGACUGGCAGUGACGGUGUAGCAGUGACGACCAAGCAGGCCAGUGGCCACAGUACGAGUGCGGCGGCCAAAGACGGAGCCCUGAGCCAUCAUUCCAGCAAGUCUUUCAGCACAGGACCCCAGAUCACCACUGGCAAGGCGUCCUCGAUCUCAAAUCAGGCGCAGGGAGAGUCAGUGAUAGUGUGCGGGGUCAAUAUUUCAGAGGUCACAGACGAUUUCAAGCUAAAUCAACUGCUUGAUUCCUGCGAUCAAUAUGAAGACCGCAGGAAAAUCAGAAUGCGCCUCAAGACGCUCAUGGCUGAGAAGAAAGCUCCACAUGAUGGGCUGAGUGGCCAUGACUCGGGUCGUGGGUCUCGCACCCAGGGCUCCUCGGCGCAAAAGUUUGAGGCAAUGUCCAAGACCAAUAAUUAUUCUAAAGAAUCUAAUUUGCGUAGCAGUGAGGAUGUGGCGCUGGUUAACGACUGGUUGAAGGAGAACUUCCCCGAUCACCGAAGUCAGGGUGGCGCCCGCCAAGGAGAUGCCAAUGCCUCCUCCACCAUGUCCCCCUUCGGCACGUCCCGCACCUCAACCACAGACACGCGCAGCUCCAGCCAAGUCAAUGUCCAAAAGAGUUCCUAUUCUUCAAAUGUCUCUUCCUCCACAACUUCAUCAUUCAAGACAUCUGUCAGUAAAGCUGACAGUAAAUCGGUUGUGUCUCCAUUUGAUAAGUUCAAACAGAUGGAUACACCGACUCCCCGAACACCAAACUCUAAGUCGAAGUCUGCGGGUGGUGGCCCACUUUUCCAAUUAUCCAGUCAGCUGAGUCGCAGUGCCUCAGGGGUGAAGGAUAUGCUUCUGCAGUGGUGCCAGUGCCGCACCCGCGACUAUAAGGGAAUAAAGAUUGAGAACUUCAGCACAAGUUGGAAUGAUGGUAUGGCCUUCUGCGCUCUUAUUCACCACUUCUACCCCGAUGCCUUCGACUUUGAUAAACUAGACCCUAAGAAUCGCCGUUACAACUUCGAUCUCGCUUUCCGAGUGGCAGAUGAGAAAGCUGGAGUAUAUCCCCUCUUGGAUGUUGAUGACAUGGUCAUGAUGAAGAAACCAGAUUGGAAAUGUGUGUUUACCUACGUUCAGGCCCUUUAUAAACGACUUAAAGAUGAAUAGUUGUGUUUUAAAAUUAAAGGUAACUGUGAAUGAAAGGGUUAAAAUUUUUUUAUCUAUACACUGAAAGAGCCUUUUAGGUUCAGUUAUAGUGUAAUAAGUGAUAAAAGAAAGUUAAGGAAGAUUCAAGUGUUUAUUGUUUACAUAAAUACAGUAUUCACAUUGGUUGGCCCUGCUGUCUACAUCCUAGAGUGUCUGCAGCUAUGUUAUGUGUCUGUCGUCUAGUAGUAGUGUAUAUUAUGUUUUUUUGAAAAAAAUUGCCAUUGUAGAAUUUUGCUGUUAAUUUCUAUUUAUUUAUUUAUUUAUCCAUAUUCUAAUGGGACCAAAUUCUAUGGAGUGUCAUACAGUGAACAGUGUUCUAGUGUACCAUGUUGUAAAAUAGUACAGUAUGUGAAAAAUAUAUAUAAAAAAAGUGAAAAUUAGCAAAUUCCAGAGCACUUUAGGUCAUAUCGACUUUCCUACAUGCUGAAGGCACAACGUGAAGGGUGCCAAGGAUACUUCACCAUUAUCUUAUCAUGUUGAGCCUAAAUUAUCAAAUAAAUUUAUUGGUCCUUGGUAGAAUCUUCGAUGAAGUAUCCUUCAUGGCACAAACUAUAUUUUUAUGUAUAGAAAGUCACAAUAGGUUGCAAUGAUCACACGUGUUUCAUUGUUAAUCAUACCAUAGCUGUAUUUAACAUUUGUACUAUAUAUAGUACUCACAAUACAGAGCUCAAUGUAUUCUCUUGCAAAGGUAUAAGAUUUUUUUUCUUUCUGAAUUAGCAUCAUUUACAGUAAUAACCAAUACUUGGGUUAGGGUGAUGCUUUUUUUGUACUUCAUAACUAUACAGUAUGUAUAAAUGUGUAUUAUGCAAAUGAAGAUAAAAGUUACUAAGUUGUAGAAUAGGGCUCGUGGUACUUGCUGUGUUUCAGAUGUUUAAAUAUGCUGUAUCCUGAUGCUUCUUUCCUUUUAAACUGUAAAUUGAUAACAAAAUUUACACUUUUGUCUUUAGAAAUAUUCUCAUUUACAUUUUUGUGACAGAUGCUAUUCUUUCUCCUCUCAUAUAAAAAUAGUAAUGUUCAUUUUUUUACCCUUUCGCAGCUAAAUCUCAUUUAUUUAAUGCUGUGAUAUUAUUGUGACAUAAUCUGGUGCCAAGCAGUGUCUUAUAGGGAUAAGUAAGAGUUUAUCAGUACAUAUGGUGCGUUUUUAGGAGAGAACUUUGUCUGAAAUCUCACCGGGGAAAAAGAAAGAAAGUUGAAAAUAAUCCCCAUGGUUCCUUUUGAUUAGAAUAGUGCUUGAGAUUUUGUACAGAGUACGUACUUUUGCCUUGAUGGCAUUACUUUUCUUUGAAUUUAAAGGGGAUAUUUUACAUAUAUAACACUUCAGUAAGUUCUUUCUAACACAUUUCAUAUUUCAUUAUAUAUAUAUCUUGAUACAGUAGUUCAGCUUCAAAUAUAGUGUAACUAUUAUAUUUAGAAGAUAAAUACAAUUUUUCCUUUUUUAUGAAAGCUGAUUUGUGUGCUUAAUUACACUUAUCAUGGAAUGCUAUUACGUAUUAUGCUUAUGGAGCCUUAAUGCUGAAAAUUGUCAUGGAAUAAAUGUGAAUAUCU